UAAGGUGCACGUGCUCGCUGGUCCUAACGGUUCUGUUGGGCGUUUCUGCUGAGAGGCGGGAGGCGCUGAGAGUCUGUGCGAAGGACAGUGGACAGACUGCGUUGCUUGUUGUUGCGCUUCGGAGGCAGUGAUCCCCGAAGGCGAGCUGAAAUACGGCUGGAGCGUCCCCAGGCUCCAAUUUGCAGCCGACGAUUAUGGAAGAUCACGAGCCGGAGUGGUGGCCCACCCUCAGGGAGCGCUUGUGCUCGGAUGGCUUCUCAUUUCCCCAAUACCACAUUAAAUUCUGUCAUCUGAGGAGGAUCCACAGAGCUGUCGUCCUUGGUAAUCUGGAGAAACUGGAGGACCUUCUCACGUAUCAUGACGCCAAUAAGAGAGACAGGAAGGAAAGGACUGCCCUACAUUUGGCCUGUGCCACUGGCCAACCGGAAAUGGUAUUUCUUCUGGUGUCCAGUAGAUGUGAGCUUAAUCUGCAGGACCGUGAAUGCAGGACACCUCUCAUCAAGGCUGUACAACUGAGGCAGGAGGCUUGUGCAACUAUUCUGCUGCAAAAUGGCGCCGAUCCAAAUAUUAUGGAUUUCUUUGGAAAGACUGCUCUACACUAUGCUGUGUAUAAUGAAGAUACAUCCAUGAUAGAAAAACUUAUUUUAUAUGGUACAAAUAUUGAAGAAUGCAGCAAGGUAUAGGUCAACCAAUGUUAUUUUCAAACUAUCUGAAAUGCAUUUAUUUUAACAUUGACACAUGUAAGGGUCAAGUUUUCAUAUUUGGAAGCUCAAACAUUCCUUGAAUGAAAAUAUUUUGAAAUGCC